AUGGAACAAAAGAAGCUCCGUAUUCUAUGUCUCCAUGGCUACGGCCACAAUGCAACAAUAUUCGAGAAAAAGAGUGCAAAGUUUACAAAAGGCCUUGAUCAGACUGUUGAAUUCGUGUACAAGUCUGGCCCACACAUUGCCUUAACUCCGGAAUACACUACUGUUUCUGAACGCUCAGAAGAGUCAGCCGAAGUUUCUGCCGAGAUUGAACCACAUGCUUGGUGGUACGCAGUAACAUAUUAUCCUGUAAUUGGGCAAUACUGCAUUGGGUUUGAGAAAUCGAUUGAAUACAUCAAGAAAGUGCUCUUAGAAGAGGGACCCUUUGAUGGUGUAAUGGGAUUCUCUCAGGGUGCUGCAUUUGGAGUUUUGUUGCAAUAUAUGCUUGAAAACACAGUUUUUCCGGAAAUGAUCUCGACCGAUUUUGCUCAUCCUCCCUUUCGAUUUGUGAUCAGCAUUGCAGGGUUUAUAGAUACACAUAAUGGACACAUUGAACAUGUAUUUAAAACACCUAAACUAAAGACCCCGAGUCUUCAUGUUAUUGGUGAUGCUGACACAAUUAUCGUACCAGAUAGAAUGAUUGCGUUAUCGCAAAAAUUUGAAAAGUCUACAUUACUCAAACACCCCGGGUCGCACUUUGUACCUACAAUGUCGUCGAGUAACCGGGCACUAAAGACCUUUUUGUCGCGGUUUAUCCAAUAG